CGCCGCCGCCGGAAGUGGGCGCGCCGCGAGCGCGCGCGGGGGCUUGUGGGCGCGGCGGCGGUGGCGGUGGUCUUCAUCAUGGCGGCUUCCAUCUCGGGCUACACGUUCAGUUCCGUCUGCUACUACAGCGCCAACAGCAGUGCCGACCAUGAAGGAUUUCUGCUAGGAGAGGUGAGGCAAGAAGAGACCUUCAGCAUUAGUGAUUCACAGAUCAGCAACACUGAAUUUCUACAAGUGAUUGAAAUCCAUAACCAUGAGCCUUGUUCAAAACUCUUUAGCUUUUAUGACUAUGCAGGCAAGGUUAAUGAGGAGAGUUUGGACAGGAUUCUUAAAGACCGAAGAAAAAACGUUAUUGGAUGGUACAGAUUUAGGAGAAACACUCAGCAGCAAAUGUCAUAUAGAGAGCACAUCAUUCAUAAACAGCUGACACACAUUCUUGGAGUGCCUGAUCUUGUCUUCCUACUCUUCAGCUUCAUUUCCACUGCAAAUAACUCAACACAUGCUUUAGAAUAUGUGCUUUUUAGACCAAACCGAAGGUAUAAUCAAAGGGUGUCACUUACUAUUCCUAAUCUAGGCAACACUAGUCAACAGGAAUACAAAGUUUCUUCAGUGCCAAAUACUUCUCAGAAUUAUGCCAAAGUUAUUAAGGAACACGGUACUGAUUUUUUUGACAAAGAUGGAGUGAUGAAGGACAUCAGGGCUAUAUAUCAGGUUUAUAAUGCACUUCAGGAAAAAGUACAGGCAGUAUGUAUAGAUGUAGAAAAAAGUGAACGUGUUGUUGAAUGUUUUCAAGCUGAUGUAAACAAGUUAAAAAGGCAAAUCGCACAAAAGAAAAAUGAGAAAGAACAAGAAAUAAGAAUGCAGCAAGCAAUUUUAAGCAGGCAAAUGCCAACAGAUAACCUGGAACCUAUGUUUGUUCCACGAAUGUCCUACACUGGAUUUGCUGUGGAAGGCUGCACGCUUGAAGAUUCAGAUGUGUCUGAUCCUCCUCCUCCGUAUUCCGAUUUCAAUGCAACCAAUCAAGAAAGUACUGUUGGUCAUGGUCUCCUAGAAAGCAAUGUUUUUAUGCCUCGACCUCAAGCAGUAGGUUCUUCUAGUUAUGUUUCCACAAAUGCAGGAUUGAAAUAUUCUGGUAAUGGAGCAUCCAUGCCAUCCUCCCAAAGAGCGGUUGGUGACAAUGUUGAUGAAUCAGAAGACAGUGAUUAUGAAAAUUUGCUUGAACCUACAGAGUCGUCUGACAGUGAAUACUCACAGACAAGAGAUUCACGACCUUCAGCACAUCCUGAUGGUGAUUCCAGGAACACUCAAACUUCUCAGAUUUGAUGGGGGGGG